AUGGCAUCGCCGAAGCGGGCGUCCGCCCGCACAACACCCCAGCCGUCCCAGACAGGACUCGACCUCGAGAGACGGCGAGACCUGCACGUUCUGUUCGCCUCAGUCGGAUGCGCCGACCAGAAGAUCAUUCAGGACGUCUUGCCAAAGAUUGCAGAAAUUGACGAUGUCUCACUGAAAGCCAUCCUCGACCCGACCUACCGAAGCCAGGAUUUCAUUGCUGCCUCGUCGUACUGCUUGACCACGUCCAACAUCUCGCGCAGUACAGCUGUCACUUACACGGAAGAGGUCGAGAAGGAAGCUGCAGAGCUGUGUGAGUGGGCAGACAUACUGGUUCUGGCACCGAUAGAUGCGAACAACCUGGCAAAGAUGCUUCAUGGGCACACCGACAAUCUGCUACUCGAGAUCUUGCGAAGCUGGAAUGUGUCGAAGAAAGUGCUGCUGGUACCCGGCAUGUCGGCUCUGAUGUGGGAGAAUCCAAUGACCAAGAAACAGCUCACCAAAAUCCGACGGAAAUGGAACUGGGUGCAAGUGCUGCAGCCGAUGCUUUGGAAGUUUGUGGACGACGAGAAGAAGAUGAAGUCGCACGAUGCGACUGAGGAGCUUGUGGAUGCAGUACGCAAUCAGGUGGAUCUCAUGAACAUUGGGCAGGACAUGGAAGUGUCGCCCACGCAGCGGCCAUCCCUCGCCACCUCCGGCAAGAAGACCGACAACACCCUUCCACCUGAGCUCUGGACGAUGAUCUUUGACUUUACUGGUGACUGGGAGUUGGCGCAGACAAUGCAUGUUUACACCAACCUACCUCCUCCAUCGGACUGGUCUGUCCACGUCAACUCGAACGUUCAAGGGCCGCAGCAUUAUAUGAAAAGACUGGAACUUACGAUUCUGCGCGGCAGUGUCGAAGAUGUGGAGAAGUUCAUCGCGGCUGAAAGUGUACCGCGAUGGCUGUCGAAGCUAUGCAUCAGGCUGAUCAUGCGCUUUGCCAUGACACCACUUCUGUCAUACCUCGAGACGAACCACAGAUUACUCUUCUGGAACACCUUCGGCCAAACCUUCUUACCAGACAAAGCAUCCUCAGUUUUCGGACGGACCGAGAUCCUCGAGUUCUGGCGUACAUCACCCUCCUUCCUAUCGAAAGAAUACACCAUCGAAGCCCUCGACGGUGCCUCCCGAGCCGGCUUCGUCAACGUCCUAGAAUGGUGGCAACACUCCGGCCUUCCCUACAAAUACACCGAAGCCUCCCUCGAACAAGCCAGUAGUCAAGGCCACGUCUCCGUCCUCGAAUGGUGGAAGAACCAAACCACCACCGCCGACGACAACAAAUCCAACCUCCGCCUCAAACCCGGCAAAAGCAUCUGCUACGCCACGCAAAACGGGCACACGGACGUCGUCCGCUGGUGGCUGCAAUCCGGCAUCGCCUUCCCGCACGAAGACACCGUGGCCAAACUCGCCAGCACGCACGGCCACGUCGACAUCCUGCAAGUCUGGCAUGAGCUGAAGGGCAGCAAGAUCAUCUUCGACAACCAAGUGCUGGUCGGCGCGACGAAGAGCGGUAACGUGGAUGUGCUGGAGUGGUGGAAGACGAGCGGUUUGAAGGUGGAGUAUAAGACGUGUGAUAUUGAGGAGGCGUUGGAGGAUGGUGAUGAGGGGGAGAGGGGAGUGGAGGUGCGGAGGUGGUGGGCGAGGAAUGGGUUGAAUUUGGGCGUGGGCACCACUUACGGUCUCUUAUCUGCUUCGACUACUUCUUCACAGGAUGAGAAUGCCGAUGCGGAAGCAGUCGAACAGACACGUGAACUGGAGACAUAG